CGCCCGACGCUCAGCCAGCCAGUGCGAUCGAGCGACGGGCUGUGUGUACAUAUCGCGAUACGUACAAUGCGCGACGCUACGCGACUGUCAUGAAGCGAACUGUGUAUUACUCGAUUGUAAUCAGUGAAAUAAUGUAAAACAUUAGAAAAACAAACGUGCAAACGCCACGGUGGAACCAUUUAUCGCCCCCAAAGUUCCCUUCCCGCCGGCCGGCGACGCGGCGCGACAACGCUUCCAAAAAAAAAAAGAACGAAAUCUCCGAUGUCAGCCCGCGCGAGGAUUGUAGUGUCAGUGUAGUGUAGUUUAAAAUAGUUAAAUGUAUAAACGGCGUGCAAUGGUCGUAUGAGGAAGAAAGGCACUAGGAACAUUAUGUCGGUGGGGCUGCAGCGGCGCGUGCCCGCGCUGGACGAGGCGGGCGGCGUGCCGGCCGCGUGGAAGACAGCCGAGCCGCCCUUCCCCGCGUUCGCGCCGCCCGCCGGCUCGCCCGCCGGCCCGGCCUUCGCGGCCUCGCCCGCGCCCUCCACGCCCGGCCCGCCCGGCUUCGCGGGGCCGUACGCCGCCGCCGGCCCCUUCGGCUCGCCGUCCGCGCGCCCCGGCUCGGGCGGCGGCUUCCCGCCCGGCCCGCAGCAGCCGCACUUCCCCGGGCCGGGCUUCGCGCCGCCCGGCUCACCCUUCCACCCGCACGCGCCGCACCCGCCCAUGCCGCCGCACCCGCACAUGAUGGCGCCCCUACCGCCCCCUGUUGACAGGAGGCACGCCCCCUACUUCGGGCAGCCCGACUAUAGAGUAUAUGAACUAAACAAGCGGUUGCAGCAGAGGACAGAGGACUCUGACAACCUGUGGUGGGACGCGUUCGCGACAGAGUUCUUCGAGGACGAUGCCACGCUCACACUCACAUUCUGUUUAGAAGAUGGGCCCAAAAGAUAUACGAUAGGAAGGACGCUGAUACCACGGUACUUCCGCAGUAUAUACGAAGGCGGCGUCUCAGAGUUAUAUUACACGAUGAGGCAGCCGAAGGAGUCCUUUCACAAUACAAGCAUCACACUCGACUGUGACCACUGCACUAUGGUCACGCACCACGGGAAACCUAUGUUCACUAAAGUAUGCACAGAAGGCCGUCUAAUCCUAGAGUUCACAUUCGACGACCUUAUGCGCAUCAAAUCCUGGCACAUGGCGGUCCGAGCGCACCGCGAGCUCAUACCCAGACAGGCGGUACAUCCGCCCGACCACGCGGCGCUCGACCAGCUAGCCAAGAACAUCACAAGACAAGGGAUCACAAACUCCACGCUCAACUAUUUAAGGUUGUGCGUGAUACUAGAACCAAUGCAGGAGCUAAUGUCGCGGCACAAGGCGUACGCGCUGUCGCCGCGCGACUGCCUCAAGACCACACUCUUCCAGAAGUGGCAACGGAUGGUGGCGCCGCCGGAGUCGCAGCGGCCGGCCAGCAAACGGCGCAAGCGUAAGGGCAGUGCGGGCGCCAACGCCGCGCCGCCCGCGCCCGCCAAGAAGCGCUCCCCCGGACCCAACUUCAGCCUCGCCUCACAGGACGUGAUGGUGGUCGGCGAGCCGUCGCUGAUGGGCGGCGAGUUCGGCGACGAGGACGAGCGGCUCAUCACGCGGCUCGAGAACACGCAGUACGAGGGCGACGGCGUGGAGUGGAGCAACCCGCCGCCCGCCUCGCCCGCCAAGACGCCGCCCGGCAACCACUGACCACGGCGCGCCCACUGACCCGCGACACUCGAUAAAUAUAGGCCUCAAGGAUUACAUUAUACGGUGUUUUUGUUA